CGAGCGACGGCGACCUUACGAAACAACCACCGCUUCUUCCCAUUCUACAUUCGCACCGAUUCGCACCGAUUCGCACCCUUCAGCCACGUUUCAUUCCGCGGCACGAAGCCGCACUCGCCACCGCCGUUCGCCGGUCCUAAGCGAGCGAUUCGGCACAACAACGCGGCCAACGGACAUGGAGUGAACGAAGACGGACAAAGAGAGAGAGAGAGAGAUAGAGUGAGCAAGAGCGAGGGAAAUCGACAUGAAAUGCGCGCCUCUUUCAGUUUCUCGUCCCACCUUUAUCUCCGUUCAUGUCCAUUAUCCACUCGGAUUACACACCGGAGGAUUCCGCUUUCGUACGCACGUAAACGGCUUUAACAUCGAGAGAUUGUUUUUUGUCCCGUCGCUGCCAGACGGUUCCACGAAUGUAAUGCAUUCACCUAUCUUCAUUGUUGACUCUCAGCACGCGAGACCGCCGUCAAUCGUGUAACGAGAGGCUGGCAGGUAGUAACGAAAAUCGCAUCGUGUGUCGUCGCAUCGCGUCUCAAAAGCUGUUCGUGACAAGUGACUCGAAAAUGCUGAACGCCGUGUGUAGCAGUUACUGAGCCAAUACGAUAUUCCGACAAUGAAAUAAAGUGACAUAGAUAUUCACCUUAAUAAAAACAUCAGAUCAAUCAGAUGUUUGAGAACGUGCAUGAAGUUUGUCUUCCCGCCAAAUUUCCAGCGUUCUCGUUUUCCGACCAUGUUUCACAUCAGCGUCAAUUAAUUUCGUACCUUUCUAAAUAUAUAAAGUGUGACUUCUUAUAAUUUAUUGAAGAAAUGGAUGCUGCAGGCCCACAAGCUGUUCUAGCACGUGUACGAGAUGAGAUCGGGGUCAAGUGUCAAAAAUUAUUUCAAGAUUUCUUGGAGAGAUUCAAGGAAUACGAUGUUGUUAAAUACCUGGAACCAGCUAAAGAACUCAUCAGUCCAGAACGCUGUACACUGGAAGUAUCUUUUGAAGAUACAGAAGCAUAUAAUCAAAUGCUUGCUACAACUAUAGUUGAAGAAUACUACAGAGUAUAUCCAUUUUUAUGUCAAGCAGUAAGCAACUUUGUUAAAGAUGUGGGAAACUUAACAAAAGAUAAGGAAUGUUAUGUCAGUUUUACCAAAGUGCAUAUUAGGCAUAAAUUAAGAGAGUUAAAUACAUCGCUGUUGGGUACUUUGAUUUGGAUAUCUGGCCAGGUUGUUCGAACCCAUCCUGUUCAUCCAGAGUUAGUUUUUGGCACAUUUAUUUGUAUGGACUGUAAUGCAUAUAUUAGAAAUGUGGAGCAGCAAUUUAAGUUUACGAAUCCAACAAUCUGUUCUAAUCCAGUAUGUAGCAACAGACGUCGUUUUCUAUUAGAUGUGGAUAAUUCAGUGUUUGUUGACUUCCAAAAAGUGAGGAUUCAAGAAACACAAGCUGAACUUCCUCGAGGCUCUAUACCUCGCUCUGUUGAAGUCAUUCUGAGAUCUGAGAUAGUUGAAACGGUGCAAGCUGGUGACAGGUACGAUUUUAUAGGAACUCUUAUAGUAGUGCCAGAUGUAGGAGUAUUAUCUUUACCAAGUGCCAAAGCAGAAAUUGGACCAAGAAGCAGGAAUAAUGAUCAGAGGGAAGGCGUAUCAGGCCUUAAGGCGCUUGGUGUUAGGGAACUGACGUAUAAAAUGGCAUUUCUUGCCUGCAGUGUUGCCAAUUCAAACCCAAGGUUUGGAGGUACAGGAGAUGGAAUGGAAGAAAUUUCACAAGAAGCGAUGAAGAGACGAAUGACAGAAGCACAGUGGAAUAACAUCUAUGAGAUGAGUCGUGAUAAAAAUCUGUACAAGAACAUAGUUUCCAGCCUGUUUCCCGCUAUACACGGCAACGACGAAAUUAAAAAGGGGAUUACGCUGAUGUUCUUUGGCGGUGUAGCGAAAACUACAGAGGAGGGCACGUCGCUGAGAGGAGAUAUCAAUGUCUGCAUCGUCGGCGAUCCCAGCACUGCAAAAUCACAAUUCCUCAAAUGUGUAACUGAUCUUUCGCCCAGAGCAGUUUACACAUCUGGAAAGGCAUCGAGCGCGGCUGGUUUGACGGCCGCAGUUGUACGAGACGAAGAAUCCUCGGACUUUGUCAUAGAAGCUGGAGCACUGAUGCUCGCCGAUCAUGGUAUCUGCUGCAUCGAUGAAUUCGAUAAGAUGGAUCCAAAGGAUCAGGUCGCGAUUCACGAAGCCAUGGAACAGCAGACAAUUUCGAUAACUAAGGCUGGUGUAAGAGCAACUUUAAAUGCUCGAACUUCUAUACUAGCGGCAGCAAAUCCCAUCGGCGGACGAUACGAUAGGAGAAAGUCAUUACAGCAAAAUGUACAAUUAACCGCACCUAUUAUGUCGAGAUUUGAUUUGUUCUUUGUAGUGCUGGACGAGUGCAACGAAAUCGUUGAUAACGCGAUUGCCAAGAGAAUCGUAGAUUUACAUUGCGAUAAUUUGAAUGAUAUUGAAGUGAUAUACCAGCAAGAAGACAUUAUUAAUUAUAUCAAUUUUGCUAAACAGUUUAAACCCAUUUUAAGUCAGGAAGCCGCUGAGCUUUUAGUCGAAAAUUACACAGCUCUUAGACAAAGAACGGGCAGUGGAAGUGGCAAAUGGAGAGUCACCGUGAGGCAGUUGGAAAGCAUGAUUAGAUUGUCAGAAGCAUUAGCGAAAAUAGAAUGCAUGGACGAAGUGACAGUGAAACACGUCAAAGAAGCUAAACGAUUGUUACAGAAGAGUAUAAUUACGGUAGAGCAGCCUGAUGUAGAUCUUGAGGAAGGCAUGAAUGAUGCAAAUGUGGGAAUGGACAUUGAUGAGCCACCACCGCUCAUGGCAGCAUUUGCAGGAGGCAAUGAUGAUGCACCGCCUUCAUCACCGGCUAACGAAACAUCGCGCGAACCGCCAAAGAAAAAAUUAACUAUGUCUUUUGAGGAAUAUAAGAAUCUUUCAAAUAUGUUAGUUCUUUAUAUGAGAGGCGAGGAAAGUCGUACUGAGAGUGAAGAUGACGCUAAGGGUGGCAUACGGAAAUCUGAAUUAAUUGCGUGGUAUCUUGAUCAAAUACAAGAUCAACUAGAUUCAGAAGAAGAAUUACUAGACCGGAAAAAUUUUAUUGAAAAAAUUAUUGAUAGACUUACGUACCAUGAUCAAAUUAUAAUACCUUUAACAACGACCAGCUUGAAAAGCAGAGAUAAAGAAGGCGAAGAAGAGGAGGAUCCUUUACUCGUUGUUCAUCCCAAUUAUGUUAUGGAUAUAUAGUUUUAAGAAUCGAGGUGCCUUGAUGGGAAAACGCGAUUUAUUAUUUUAUAAAAAGAGCUUGUAGCAUUUUAUAAGCAUUUUUUUAUCUUGAUAUACUAAUGCUAUAUUUUUUUACCUGAAUUCUGUGAAUUUUGUGAAUGUUUCAUGGAAUUUUUUCGACUAUUAUGAUGAUCAUAAAACACGUUUUUAUAGCA